AUAUGUUACAAGUGGAUAAAUAUUGAUUUUUUGUUGAUUAAUCCAUUGCUUUAUUUAUAAAUACAUAUUCAGUGUAAAUGCAUACAAAAUGGAACUCUAAAUUCUUGUAUGUAGUUACCCGGAGGGUAAAAAAACUGAAGGAAUGUAAGAUGUUAUUUUACAGGUUGGUUCUGUAAUGUAAUACAGUAUUCGACAAGACGACAGUAGCAUGAAAAUUGACUGAAUUGGAGAAGAUUAUCCCGUCUCAUCAUUAAUUUGGAACAGACGAAGAGUGGAUGUUUUACAGGAAACUUCAUCAGCAAUUGAGGCACCACAUUUGCUGUGAUUUAUAAUGAAUAAGGAUAGUGUCAUUCACAGCUGGCCAGCUUCUUAUUAUACGAAGAAUGAGAAGCGAUGGACUUUGGGUGUUUUGUCCUUGACUUUGAAAUCAUUGAUGUUCCAAACAAGCAAAGAUGGGCAAAAUCUGUUCACAAUCAGGCUUUCCAACAUCGUUGACCUAAAGAAGGAAUCCUCCAGCUUUAUUUUUAGCUCUCUUACUGUUCUGGAUGAAGGAAACAUCAAGCAUUGGUUUAGUUCCUUACAGCCAAGUAGAUGUGUGGUGUUCAAUGUAAUAGAGCACUUUUGGAGAGAACAGCUACUUGCACCUGAAGGUGAAUCAACAGCUUCUGUACCUGGGCCAAGCAAAGGGAAGCAACUGAUUGGUCUUAUGUGUAACUCUCAGAAAAGACUGGAAGACACUGGCAAAAUACUGGACCAACAGAAGGAACAGUUUAAUAACAUCAUGGUGGGAUUAGACAAAAUCGAGUCUGAUUUACAUGUAGCAGACAGAUUUCUGUCAGAGUUGGAGAACCCUGCCUGGUGGCCUUUUGGUAAAUUUCCUUGGAGAAAUCAGAAGAAUGCUAAAGCCCAACAAGAACCAGAUGCUGCAUCUACUACCUGCAUUACAGAAAAGGCUUUAGGAAACCAAAACAUUAUUAUUAAAAUCCCAGUUUUAUACUCAAAAGGUGAAGAUUCAAAUCCUAAACCAGGAAGUCUAGUAGUUCUUCUGUCAUAUUUGGAGAUAACUGACUCCAGCUUUCAGCUUGUACACCAGUAUCGAAGAGAGGAAAUAGACGAUAUUCGGAUUUAUAGCCCUUACGAACUUUCUCUGAGGCAGAGAUUCAUUGGAAAGCCAGAUAUCACAUACAGACUGCUGUCUGCAAAGAUGCCAGAAGCAUUUUCUGUUCUUGAAAUGCAAUAUAAAAACAAAAUACAGUUUUUGCCCGAUUAUUCUACUUUUACAGUUCCAUUAGAGAAUUCUCCAUAUGGUAAAGAAGACAAAGUUUGGUGUUCAGGCAAGUCAAGUUGGGGAGCAUGCAUUCGUACAGUGCAUUGCUGGACCCACUACAGGGCGAAACAACUUGGGAUCCCAGUUGGCAACCCCCAGGCAGACACGCUGUCCAGUCCUACCCUCCGGAAAUGACCCUACAUCUGCUGCAGCCAGUCCAGAUUUGGCCUGUAUGUCAUCUACCAAAUUCAAAGUAAAUAUUUUUCAGGGAAUUCUUACUUUGGAUCUCUUUUGAAAUUAUUUUUGAAGUCACAAGUUCUACAAUAAUAUCAAAAAUAACAGCUGAAAGUUUUUCCAUGUAUAUACUGCAUUUUUAGAAACACACCAUUUAAAUGAAAUACUGAACAUCUGUUAUAUAGCAGCAUCUCAGAUCAUUCACUUAAGAAGCAACAUGCAAAACAUGGGUAUCUCCCAGUGAGCCUAAACUGAGAAGAUGUAAUUUAACAACACAUGUAGAAUAAACACACUUUUAAUAUCCAACCCUAAAACAAUAUCUGAAGUUGCAUACAUUGAAACCACUUAAACAUGGGGAGAAAAUUCAUACUCCAUAUAUAGACACUGAUCAGGCUAGCAAUUAAAAAUUAUCUCAUGAGGCUGUGUAAUAAUGAUAAUAAUAAUAACGAUACAUUUUGUUUAUGUAGCACCUUCUGAAUGUUAGAAGCAUUUCAUAAACUGUGAAAGGAAUACAAUAGAAAUAAAAGCAAAGGUAAUAUUAAUAACAAUAUAACUAAUAACAACAUUUAUAAAUAUUUAAAAGUUAAAGAUCUAAAUUAGAUUAAGAGAUAAGCAGUAAAAAGAGAAGAAAGCUAUGAACAAAUAACAGAAUUUUUGUAUAAUUACAUGUAGGGAUUUAAAUGUAGAUGUUAUAAUCACCUACAGUGCUAAGCAACAAUGAAUCAGAUAAGAGUGGAUUUUGUUAUCAGUUUUCAAGCCAAGUGCUGGACUACAUUGACUAUUUAAUGACCAUUCAUUUGCUGUUUAAUUCAGAUCUGACAGUCCUAUCCUGACAUCUGUGAAUGCUGCAAAGUAAAUAGACCAGACCGGAGUUGCAUCACUUACUGUAGAGAUGCAAAUUUCUUAAGGUUUUCUUUGUUCAUGUUUUUGCAAAACUGCAAUGUUGUAAAAGAUUGCUACUGUCCGUCAAUUUGCUAUCAAUGAAGUUCUAUGACACCACAGCGCCCAUGUUGAUGCAUCGGUACUAAUAAUCUGAUUAAAAACUAAAUGCAUAUGUGUAACGUUGGCUCGGUUGAUAACUUUGACUGCAUGCUAAACAUUUGCUUAAUCUGUCACUACAAAGGUGCCAUCAUCAACCAAGUAAUAUCUGUGUGACUAUAAUGUUAAAUUGAUUAAAUUCCUACCUUUUUUGGGUGUAUAGAGAGAACAUUUUUACAGCCUAAAUACUGACUGAAUUAAAAGUGUGAGUUGGUAGGGUGGUGAAUUUAUUACAUCACCUGCAUUACUUUUUUCGUGCAUACAUAUCAUUUUAAAUCUACUUGGUUGUGUUUUUCAAACUAAUGUGUAGCAUGUUUUAAUUUAAGCACCUUUUUAAAAUUUUAUUGGAAAUAACAUUCUUUACAAUCACGUCGAAUUUAUUCAACAAAGAAAAAAAUUCCAUACAAUCCAGUCGACUUGACAAAACAAAAUUCACCCCUCACCCAACAUUUAAGUGACUUGUAAUUGUAGUUUAUUGAAAGUUGUCUGCCAUUUACUGACAAAGGACCAUCAUUGUCUGAUAGGUAAUUGUGGCUAAUGAAAUCCACAGAGUACGUCAUUACCAAGUGAUGAGGCUUUGGUAUUUGCUCUGAUUUCUAGAAAGGAAAACUGAUUGAUUCAUGACAUGACCAAUGAAAUCCACAGAUUCAGAUGCCAGCAGUGAUGAGUACUUUACUUGUACAUGUACAUGAAUCCAUACUUAUUCCGAACCAAAUUUACGGCUGUGCAGUUUUGAAUAAUAUUUAAUAUUUAUACUGCAACAACAUACUUGCAUGUGCUUUGACUAGUGUGGUGAAUAAUUAAUAUUAGAAAAAGUAGCUUAAUGUUAAUUUUUUUUCUCAUUUUCAUUUAGUUCUAAUUUUCAGACAUUUUGUCAUUUUUUUAUUUUAGUUUUAAUUUAGUGAAAGGGUUAUUUUUUUGUUGAUGACAUGUUUAAUUUUCCUUUUUGCUAACGGAAAUAACACUGCUAAUACCUCUCAUUGUGCAAAAUAUUCACACACACUGAACAAAAUUACUAACGAUCUGUGACAGACGAUCAGGGACCUUGCCCUACUGGGUCACCUGGAGGAAGGAUGGACCAGGAGAGCUGCACUAUACUUUCCUGGGCGCCUGGACGGUCCUUGAACCCUGAAGGACAGCGCUUCCACUACACGAGGACGUGCUGCCGGAGCAGGCAUGGUGUGUGUCCGGAUGCAAGGACAGCACUUCCACCACACUGGGGAAUGCUGCUGGAAGUUCGUUAUUGUACACCUGGAGCACAUCUGGGGCAAGAUAAAAGGGGCCGCCUCACUCCAUUCAGGGAGCUGGAGACGGGUGGAAGAAGACGGAGUUUGCAAGGAGUGGAGUGGAGGCGGCUGAAAGGACCAAGGACUGAGCUUCUUCUUCUUCUUUCGGCUCCUCCUGUUAGGGGUC